UUUGCGCUGUAUGUGUUUUCCUGUCCAUGUGUAGGCGAAUCACGUGUAGGCAGACCUUUGAGCGUCAUGUCUCUGCUGUAGCACAGCACUUCUGUGCUACAUGAUAUUGUUUUCCUCCAGUUGUCGCUACACUUUGUUUUGACAGCUGCUCGUUUUUGUUUUCUUUUUUUUUUCCUCUCGUAGCCAUUUGUUGAACCGAAGAAUGAGCGAAAACGAUGACAUCGAAGUCGACAGCGAUGCAGACAAGCGAGCACAUCACAAUGCGCUGGAACGCAAACGCAGGGACCACAUCAAAGACAGCUUUCACAGUUUACGAGAUUCCGUGCCUUCGCUACAAGGGGAGAAGCACUCUGUUUUACAGGCUUCCCGAGCUCAGAUUUUAGACAAAGCAACAGAGUACAUCCAGUUGAUGAGACGGAAAAACAACACCCACCAGCAAGACAUUGAUGACUUAAAGAAGCAGAAUGCUCUUUUGGAGCAGCAGGUUCGUGCACUGGAAAAAGCCAAGGGGAACAAUCAACUUCAGACAAACUAUUCUUCUGACAGCAGCUUGUACACAAACCGUAAAGGCAGCGCCGUGUCUGCCUUCGACGGCGGGUCCGACUCCAGCUCUGAAUCAGAGCCGGACGAGCCACCCACCAGAAAGAAACUCCGCUCGGAGCCCAGUUAGGCUCCCGCUGUUCCUGGCACUCUAAAGUGACUCUUGUAACCCACCAGCCCUGAUCUUCUCGUACCUGUCCGCACUUCCUAGUCCUGCCUUCCUACGCCAGUCCAGAAGACCAGGUGGAGACUGUGUGAGCAAGGUGCUAUUAUGUUUCAAACGCUUCUACUCCCUUUCUAUCACCCAGCAAGCAUCACAUCACUCCUGUUGGGAUUAAAACCACAACUUUUACGACCCUGAAAAUGAGGCAGCUGUGCAGUUUUUGAAGGAUUAAUGCUUUUUAAAUUUCAUAACGAUGAUUUCAUAAAACUAACGUGGAAACCACAGGAUAUGAGGCUCUACUGAAGCUUUGCGGUUGUUGAAACCAUUUCACUGAACCCAUGUGCAGGAAUUCCAAGACCAAUGACAAGAAACGUUAAGUAUGACUAGUUUACCUUUUUAAUAUUGAUACUUUUCCAACGAGAGAAAAAUGUGAAGUUGUUUUUGCAAAAUGCGACCCCCUUUUCCUUUAACAUUGGUGGCAGCAAUUUUUGUCGUUAAAAAUGUUCUCGAAUUGGAACGAUCUAUUUAUACUGUAGUGACGCCCUGAAAUGAUUUUCUUAACACAUAUAUAUAUAUAUUCUUAUGGCGGAUUGACUUCUGGUUCGACUUGAGAUUUUUCCAGAGAGACUUUGUCGUUUUAGCGGAGCUCUCGCACGUUUCACGAUUUAGUUGAUUUUUUCCCAAUCAAUAUUGUUUUGAUAUAAAUACUGAAUAAAAUGUGGGUAUAAAAAAAAUCCCCACGAUGGAAACGGAAUGUUACAACGAGCAGUUAAAGGGCAGUGAUGUUUAUUUUUUCAAUGGGAUUCCGUGUCAGUGUGUACUAUAUAACACUGUAAACUCUUAAAUGGCGUCAGCUCUGCAGAGAGAAGCCUUCCCUUAAAAUAUUUGCCUGUGCUGGGGUUGUCUGUCUUUCUUUACUCUGAGCUGUAUUAGUGUGUAUGUAGUCAAUCAUUUGUUUUGUUCCAUUCCAUGGAAAUUACUGGUAUGUUGUACAUACUGCCAACGGUUGUCUUGCAAGUUAAGGCAUACCUUUGUUAUGAGACUAUGAAUAAAACUAUUUUAUCCUUU